UUCAACGAUAAGCGGUGCCACCGUAACUCGAAAUGCCAUUGUGUACAGACACAUCUUGAAUGUACUAUGUUCAAAGCUUUGGAAGCACCAGGUUAAAUACUCGAUGAUUUUCCCAUUACUUCAGGAAAAGCCGUCAUUCUACCAUCCCAUCAUCCCAUCAAACCAUCAGCCCACUGACUUUCCACACAAAGACUGUCACAACCCACCAGCAAGCUGUCAACCAUGGUUUCCUUCAGCAUGACUGCCUUGGCGGCAUUUUCCCUUCUCACGUCCUUCGUCUCGGCGGCAGGCUGCGGUUUUAACAUCGUCAACAUAAACGGAGCCAUCAUGGGCACCGGCUGUGCUGUAGCCGGCGGCAAGGGAACUCUUUUACUCCCUGACUAUAAAGCCAACGCCAUCGUGAGCGCCACCACAAGUUGUGGCCUGUCAGUCGAUGGAUUUGGAUCCUUAAUGCCGCCUUCGGUCUUCGAUGGUUGGACCGUUGGAAGUGCAGGUCCCUGCAACCCGUCGAACGGCCCAGGCAAAAAAGGCGGCGGCAAAAGCGGUGGCGGCGGCAGCGGUGGUGGCGGUGGCGGCGGUGGCGGCGGCGGCGGUGGUGGUGGCGGCGGCGGUGGCGGUGGUGGUGGUGGUGGCGGUGGUGGAGGCGGUGGCGGAGGAAGCUCGAAUGGCAAGAACGGCAAGCCUAACCAGAAGAAAUGUGCUCGGGAGAGGUGCAGCGGUCCCCAGGGGUGUUGCACCCAGCCUCUGGGUAGUGGCGCGUGUCCUUACAGAAAGGAGUGCAACAACUACCCCUGCGACUCCUGCUGCGGCGUUCCAGCUGAAAACUGGACAGCUUGCUCCGCUAUGAACACCCGUAAAUGAAACCAGCACAGCAGCCCAACAUGAGCUAUUGCCUCGGCAUCGAGCCUUCUUUCUUCUGUCUCUUUCGCCUUCGUUCUUUU